AUGUCUCACUCAACCAUUAUAAGGCCAGGAAUUGCCUUUAUAAAGGGCUCCCUGCCAUGCACUUGUGGUCUCGUUUACACUCGUCACACUUGUUACUCGGUGCUCCGUAUCAAAAUGAAGCUCGCUAUCCUCGCCUUCGCGGCCACCGCGCUCGCCCAGAACGCCUUCGUCUACCUCCCCAACGGCAACCAGCUCACGGCCGGCAGCGACGUCGUCGUGCAAGUCACUCGCCCAAACUCCCUCACCGGCUCGACCGAGAUCGGGGUCGCCAUCGGAGUACAGUCAUGCCCAUCGUCCGCCUGCCGCGUCGACACCAUCGGCACGACUCUCUUCGCCGGCGAGUUCAAGCCUGAAUACCACGGGCAGACUGGCGGUGGCCAGCCCUACCAGAACUACACCGUCACUAUCCCCGAGGAUACCGCCAAGGGCCGCGCUUUUAUUGAGGUGGCUCAUGCCACUAUUGUCGGUGCGAGCACAUGGCCUCUUUUGGAGUUGAUUAACGCUACUGCGACUGUUGUUUAG